GCGGGAUCAAGCCUGAAUCGCGGUUGUGAGUCAUCUGGGCGCUGCCCGGAAAGGGCAGGGCUGAGCUGAUGACUAUGUUAAUAGUUGGGUGGGAUCUCUCAAAAGUCCUGGUGUGGAGGGAUUUGAUGUCCAUGGCAACAAGCCGCCUGACGCAAAGGGCGGAACUAGAUUCCUUUCCUUGAAACGCUGACAUCCCAGGCCCUUGUCCUGCAGGCUUCCUCGGGCAGACCCGCCAGAAUUGGAGACCGGGGAAUGGCCGCGGUGUGGCAGCAGGUCUUAGCAGUGGACGCGAGACUUCUUUUACCACCAUCACUUCCCCAGUCCCACCCCAUCACUAUCCCGUGCUAAUCCUGCCUUCAUGUUGGACCGAUCCCUGCCGUUGUCUACAGCAAUUUAGUCAUCCCAUACCUACUCCAAAGCUGUGCAUUGCCUAUAUGUCCCCAUACUGACGUCAUAGCCAUGCCCAUUAUUACUGUAGACUCACCCCAUUACACCAGAGGGAGCCCCAUCAUCACUGCUGAUCACGUGCCCUCCUGACCCCAGUCACUGCCAUAUACCUCAUUUCCCUUCCCUGCUCUCUGAGCUGAUUGAUUCCCUCUGUCCUGUGCCUGCUGCGUGCCCUGGCUCCUGCACUCGUAGAUACAACGCGUACCGCACACCAACGUUUCCACAGUUUCGGACCCAGUAUAUCCGGCGGCGCAGCCAGCUGCUGCGGGAGAAUGCCAAGGCAGGGCAUCCCCCAGCGCUGCGUCGACAGUACCUGAGGUUGCGAGGCCAACUGUUGGGCCAGCGUUACGGCCCCCUCUCGGAACCAGGCAGUGCUCGUGCUUACAGCAACAGUAUCAUCCGCAGUAGCAGGACCACCCUUGACCGCAUGGAGGACUUUGAGGAUGAUCCUCGGGCCCUGGGGGCCCGUGGGCACCGUCGUUCCGUCAGCCGAGGCUCUUACCAGCUGCAGGCACAGAUGAACCGGGCAGUCUACGAGGAUAGGCCCCCUGGCAGUGUGGUGCCCACGUCUGCAGCUGAAGCAAGUCGGGCCAUGGCCGGGGACACGUCGCUGAGCGAGAACUAUGCCUUUGCGGGCAUGUACCAUGUGUUUGACCAGCAUGUGGAUGAGGCAGUCCCACGGGUGCGCUUUGCCAAUGACGACCGGCACCGCCUGGCCUGCUGCUCCCUGGACGGCAGCAUCUCCCUGUGCCAACUGGUGCCCGCCCCCCCCACUGUGCUGCGUGUCCUGCGGGGCCACACCCGUGGUGUCUCCGACUUCGCCUGGUCCCUCUCCAAUGACAUCCUGGUGUCCACCUCCCUGGAUGCCACCAUGCGCAUCUGGGCCUCAGAGGACGGCCGCUGCAUCCGGGAGAUCCCUGACCCUGAUGGCGCCGAGCUGCUGUGCUGUACCUUCCAGCCCGUCAACAACAACCUCACUGUGGUGGGGAAUGCCAAGCAGAACGUGCACGUGAUGAACAUCUCCACAGGCAAGAAGGUGAAGGGUGGCUCCAGCAAGCUGACAGGCCGUGUCCUUGCUCUGUCCUUCGAUGCGCCAGGCCGGCUGCUCUGGGCAGGGGAUGACCGUGGGAGCGUCUUCUCCUUUCUCUUCGACAUGGCCACAGGGAAGUUGACAAAAGCCAAGCGUCUGAUGGUGCAUGAGGGGAGCCCCAUUACCAGCAUCUCUGCCCGUUCCUGGGUCAGUCGGGAGGCCCGGGACCCCUCGCUGCUGAUCAACGCUUGUCUUAACAAGCUGCUGCUAUACAGGGUGGUGGACAACGAGGGGACCCUGCAGUUGAAGCGAAGCUUCCCCAUUGAGCAGAGCUCACACCCUGUGCGCAGUAUUUUCUGCCCUCUGAUGUCCUUCCGCCAGGGGGCCUGUGUGGUGACGGGCAGCGAGGACAUGUGCGUGCACUUCUUUGAUGUGGAGCGAGCAGCCAAGGCUGCUGUGAACAAACUACAGGGCCACAGCGCGCCGGUGCUGGACGUCAGCUUCAACUGCGAUGAAAGCCUGCUGGCCUCCAGCGACGCCAGCGGCAUGGUCAUCGUCUGGAGGCGGGAGCAGAAGUAGGAGUCCUGCCCCAUCCCAUCUAAUCUGCCUCCUCCCAUCAGCUCCUGCAGCCAGCCUUGGGUUUGUAAAUAAAAAUUUCACUGCUGUGCUUAUGGGCUGGUUCCCAGGUGGGAUGGGUGGGGUGGGGAGGGUGAAGGUCUGGGCCCCAAAAGUGAAUGGGGGUUCACUUGCUCAUUCACGUAUCAACUGUUGUCCUUUGACAACCAAUGUCUUGAUGUCACCUGUGCCCGUGUA